AUGUCGGGCUUCUCUGUUUGCCGAUUAUGGCUCCCACCGAAGCCCCAAUUUUGUCGCUUCACUUCUAGCUACCAGGGCAAAGUGUCGUAUGCUCGCCUCAAACUCGAACAGCGAAGGUCAAUCCCGCGUCGAGAACCGUCAGCGUCACAGUUGCUCCGAUUUGCGGUAACAGGGACUAUAAAAGCGCCGAAUAACCAGUACUCCUCCGAGACUCUCGAAAAGCAUGUAGCAGCAGCGUUUGCCCAGCCCCAAUUACCCGAGACCUGGACAAUAUUCAACUCAUCCGCUGUACCGAAUAACGUUUUUAACAAAUCUACUCCCCCCGUUGACAGAUUUGAUCCAGUUUACUUCCAGAAUGCUGCUGAACUGCAGAAAAUACAUGCCAUAUGUGAGAGGUAUAUAGCCUUUCCUUCGGUAAUCCUUGAGUUGCAGCAAAACACUAAGGGCCUAGUGGGUGCUUUGAAGCACUGUGGUCAAUAUGAACCACCUGAGAAAAUCCUAAUAACUUUGAAUGCCAUUUUCGCAAGAUUUGAGCUAUUGAAGAUACAAAUACCGCAACAUCUUCUGAUCUUUGGCAUGAAAUUCGCUGCACAGCACUUUUCAGCUGCGGCUCUUCGAUCCUACAUCCAAAGUUACGUUGCCGGCAGGUAUGAUUCUCUACCUGCCCGUUCUGCUAGAGACGUCAUCCGAAACCUCUAUCUAUGUUUUAAGUCGAGUGUGUGGGCGAGCCCUGCUGUUGACCUGGGUCCUAUGCGAGAGGUCGUCACUGGCCUGGAUGAGAAAGGGAUGCCAAUAUCGUAUCCGAGUCUUCUACCGUUACUCUUGAAAUCUGACGGCUCUUCUCCGCAUUAUAUCUACAGCCAGUACGUCCAGUUACUUGGCGUUAUGGGGGACUCCAGAGGGUUGUUUGACUUCUGGCCUACAUUUCAAGCGAGACUACAGAGCGAUCCCUCCAACUCUUUGGUUCAAUCGUUAAUACCGCAUUUCCUGAUGGCCAUUCUCAGGGCGGGAUUCGGGAAACGAGCAGUAGAGUUUGCUAAGCAACUGUCGACGAUUGCUGAUCUAAACGAUAUUUUGUCUCCCUCACUUUGGAAGAAGUUGCUUCAACAGGAUGAUAGCGGAGCCUUGCAAAACGUUAUUUCAAGUGAGAAGAUGACCAUGCUUUUGCAUGAAGAAUUGUCAUCUAUAGAAAGAAGACUUGGUAUUACCUGGCAUCCAGACGGUGGAGGACAUCAUGUCAGAACAGCUGAUCUGGAUUUAUGGGCAGAUCACUGGCUGGUGGGCGCUGAACAGUCUAGCCUUGAUCCUAAUCUAAACCUGUCAGGAUUGUCGAGGGGCUCAGAGCGGCUCUUUGAAGAAAUUCUUUUGCACGGAUCUUCCAAGUCGCUGACGGAGCUUUCCAUAAUCGCUAAUCUAUUACACGAUUUCGAGGGCUCUGAGAUUCCAAUUGGAUCUAAACAGGAUGAAGAAGGCAAUGUUCACGAGUUUGUCUGGUGUCCUCAGUGCUCCCCUAUUGAAUUUUCCGGUUGUGCUUCAUUUGACGAAACGCACGCACAAUCACCCUCAUCCUUGGGUCUAAUUCGUGCUCUCCACUAUCAGUACGGCGAACCAACGAUGUUAAAUGCCAGGAACUUGUAUCUGAUGCAAUUGGGUUACCUCUGCGAACGGAUCCGGGGCCCUGUAGAAGGAAGUGCUCACAGCGACACAGGGGAAACUGGAAGGUGGGUAAACACAGGCCAUAUUAUUUGCUGGGAACGUUCGGAACGGCGCUUCAUGAUGAUAUAUCUCGAAAAAGGUUUCGGAACGAUUGAUCCUGGUUUAUAUCCCCGAGAUUCACAUCCAUACCUUCCUUCCGUCGCGAUGAUAAACUUGAAUCGCGAUUGUGAUUAUGGGACAGAGGUCUCUAAGAAUCUUAUUACGCCUUUGGAAGGCCGCUACUGGAUGGAGGUUGACCCUGCAGUUUAUUUUCAACCCUGA